AUAAAGGAGAGGGAGGGGGAGCUGAAAAUUCCAUUGAGAAGCGAAAAAAACGUAGCGAGAGAAAUUACGACGUCUGCAGGGCACAGCAGCAGCCAAGACGAAACGAAAAUAUAAAUACAAAAUUGUGAAUAUAUUGCUGUUGUGUUACAGAAGCAGCAUUGACGACAACAACAAGAUAACUAACAAAAUACCAAAAGCCUGGCAACGCGAUAAAGCGGCUAACUAGCUCCAAAAACAGCAGCAGCAGCAGCCGUAGCCGUAGCAGCCGUAGCCGUAGCAGCAGCAAAAGUAGAAAAGUGCGUGUGUUGUUGGCCAACGUGCCCCUGUGUACGUGCGUGUGUGUGUGUGUGUGCAGCUAGUGCAAUUAAGUGCAGUAGGCGGCGCACACAAUAAUAAUAAUAAUAAAAAAAAAAACGCUCACUCUGUGUGGGCGCCAGGUCGAGCAACAGACACAGCCAGAGCCAGAGCCAUAGCCACAGCAGCAACUGCAAUUAAAUUCACAGCGCACUGCAAUAAUGUCUUCGAAUAAUCAAUCGAGCGGCGUCGCUGGCCAAGUGGCAACAAGUGCCAACCAGCGCGGUGGCUCCACUAGCAACUCCACGGAUGCCACAGAUGCGCAGCACGGCGUCAAUAGCAGCGCGAACAAUGCCAGUGCCAACGCCUCCUCCACAGGCAAUGCCACAGCAAGCAGCAACAGCAUCUCGAAUGCCGCCAGCGUUGGACACGAUAGCCCCACGCACAAGGCUCAUGGCGGCCAUGCGCCGGUCAACACCAAAGAGCGAGUCGUCGACAGUGUCCCAUUUCCACCCAGUCACAAACUGACGCUGGCCGAGGUAUUUGACGCGCGCACCGGAAAACCAAAUCACGAGCUCCUGAAGCAACACUUCAUUUUGGAAGGGCGCAUUGAGGAGGCGCCGGCAAUGCGCAUAAUUCAGGAGGGCGCCGCACUGCUGCGGCACGAAAAGACAAUGAUCGAUAUUGAGGCGCCGGUCACUGUCUGCGGUGAUAUACACGGCCAGUUUUAUGAUCUCAUGAAGCUCUUCGAGGUGGGAGGCUCGCCGGCAACAACAAAAUAUCUGUUCCUUGGCGAUUAUGUGGACCGGGGCUAUUUUAGCAUUGAGUGCGUCCUCUAUUUGUGGUCGCUGAAGAUCACGUAUCCGCAGACGCUGUUCCUGCUGCGCGGCAAUCACGAGUGUCGGCAUCUGACCGAGUACUUCACCUUCAAGCAGGAGUGCAAGAUCAAAUACUCGGAGCGGGUGUACGACGCGUGCAUGGAUGCGUUCGACUGCCUGCCGUUGGCGGCGCUCAUGAAUCAGCAGUUCCUCUGCGUGCACGGCGGCCUGUCGCCCGAAAUACACGAGCUGGAGGACAUAAGGCGGCUCGAUAGAUUCAAGGAGCCGCCCGCCUUUGGCCCCAUGUGCGAUCUGCUGUGGUCCGAUCCGCUCGAGGACUUUGGCAACGAGAAGAACUCGGACUUCUACACGCACAACUCGGUGCGUGGCUGUUCGUAUUUCUACAGCUACGCCGCCUGCUGCGACUUCCUGCAGAACAACAAUCUGCUGUCGAUCAUACGGGCGCACGAGGCGCAGGACGCCGGCUACCGCAUGUACCGCAAGAGCCAGACCACCGGUUUCCCCUCGCUGAUCACCAUCUUCUCGGCGCCCAACUAUCUCGACGUGUACAACAACAAGGCGGCGGUACUCAAGUACGAGAACAACGUGAUGAACAUCCGGCAGUUCAAUUGCUCGCCCCAUCCGUACUGGCUUCCCAACUUCAUGGACGUGUUCACCUGGUCGCUGCCCUUUGUUGGCGAGAAGGUCACCGAGAUGCUGGUGAACGUGUUGAACAUCUGCUCCGAUGAUGAGCUAAUGACCGAGGAGAGCGAGGAGCCGCUCUCGGACGACGAGGCAGCGCUGCGCAAGGAGGUCAUCCGGAACAAGAUACGCGCCAUUGGCAAAAUGGCGCGCGUCUUCUCCGUGCUGCGCGAGGAGUCCGAGUCAGUGCUACAGCUGAAGGGGCUGACGCCGACGGGCGCCCUGCCCCUCGGCGCCCUCUCCGGCGGCAAGCAGUCCCUCAAAAAUGCCAUGCAGGGCUUCUCGCCCAAUCACAAGAUUACCUCGUUCGCGGAGGCCAAGGGACUCGAUGCGGUUAACGAGCGGAUGCCGCCGCGUCGCGAUCAGCCGCCCACGCCCAGCGAUGAUAAUCAGCAUCCGCAUCAGCAUCAUAGUCAAGGAAACAAUGGCGCGGCGCAUGGGUAAACAACAGCGUCGAUGGCAUUGACAACGGCGUGGGGGUGACAACGGACGUUGUGGACGUCGAUCUCGAUCGGUAUUCAUAAUAAUACCUGUUGUCGAUGGUGUGACGUGCUGUGUUGUUGUGUUGUUGUGGUGUUGUGUGGCGUGGUAUGGUGGGGUGUUGGCUAUGCGCCCAGAGCAUGUUCUGAGCACGUACAAGACGGCACACUCACGCACACCUACACACACACACACCUACACACACAUACACACACGCGCAGAACACAAACAUACACACAUGCAAGUGCAUGCAUAUAAUAUUAACAUAUAAUAUCUACAUAUAAACAUUAUAAUGUUGCAAAGAUUUGUCGUUUUAGCUAAACAUCAUUCGUAAUAAUUGUAAUACACAUAUACAUACUUACUUUAACGAUAAGCAGAAAGGUCAAAGGCGAAGUAACAAUGGAUCAAUUGAACAAUUGGAACAGAGCAGAUCAGAAUAGAACCCCGAAUAUGGCACGUGGAAAUUCAACUUAAAUAUCUCACACUAUAAAAUUUGAACUCGAGAACAGCAGCAGCAGCAGCAGCAGCAUAAGCAUAAAGGAUUUUAUGCCACCCGAUGAGGUAUGCAGGAUAUUACAAUUAGCCACAGAUUCCUUUUCCGUAAUUAAAACAAAAUACCCGAAAUUAAUCUUAAGCUUGUAUGUAUAAAGAUUGAGGAAAUUAACAAACAAAAAAAA